CAUUGAAAUGGCGGAAAGAAUUCCAUUAACAAAUGUUAAUCGUUCUCGUAGCAGUAAUGAUAUUCGAACAGUGCAAAGAGAGGAUGCUGCUAAUCGUAUACGGUAUGGAGAUAAUCCAGCAUACGACGAUUUGGAAACGAGUGGCGAGACAGUUGAAUUUGAACGCGUGCCUGAAACAAGGCCAGAAGAAAGCAAUCUUGGAGUGCGACGGCGCCGCCCAAAUAGACCACGAAAUCGUGGCCGAAGUCACCAGAGUUCCGAUAUUGCAACUACUAGCGAAACAGUGCCCUUGUUAUCUGAGAGUGUCAGGGACGGAGCUGCAAUUAGCACAGCUGGUGUUACAAGUUCAGGGCAGAUAGCAAUAGCGGCUGGCGCGACAACUGCUGCCGCCGCAGGUGCUGCUUACGGCGUUAAAAAAGUAAUUGAACGUGUACGGAACAAAGGAUAUACUUUACCUGGCAGUGAUUACGUAGGACCGGGAAAUCCUAUAAAUAUAGACGCACCGCGCAGUGGAGCAGAUGCCAUUGCUAAAGAGCACGACGUAGGAUACGAUAAUCUGUUAAAGGAAGCAAGAGAACAACCAUUUACAGAAGAAGAGUUUAGACAACGAGUUCAACAAUUGGAUGCAAAAGCUAUAAUUGAUUUUGCAAUUGACUGGAGUCAUACACGAAAUUGGCAUUCAUUUGUGGGAAAGUACGGCCUGAAAUUGAAGACAGCUGUUGAACAACGUAUCGGAAAAACUUUGUACCCGAAACAACCGAAUGCCGAAAAAACAGAAUUAUGAAAUUCCACCGUGGGAACGGUCUAAUUGGGAGUUUAUGCAUGAAGG